UAGUAACAGCUGGUUUUAGUAUUGGUGAAAUAACAGCACUUGUCUUUGCUGGUUGUAUGACCUAUGAAGAUGGUCUUCGUUUAAUUAAGAUUCGUGCUGAAGCAAUGCAAACAGCAUCAAAUGAAGUAAAUAGUGGAAUGAUGUCUGUUUUUGUUGGUCGUGAAACAAAAUUAACUUUAGCAAUAGAAGCAGCACGAGAAUGGUGCAAUAAAUAUAUGAAAAUUGAUAUACCUUGUAUACAAAUAGCUAAUCAUAUGUAUGCUGAAUGUAAAGUACUUGCUGGACAUAAAGAAGCUUUACAAUUCAUUGCACAUAAUUAUAAAGUAUUUGGAAUUCGUCGAAUAAAAUAUUUAUCUGUAAGUGGUGCUUUUCAUACACCAUUAAUGGCAUCAGCAAAAUUAAAAUUAAUUAAAGCAUUAGAUAAAAUUGAUAUGCAACCACCACUUAUUCAAGUUAUGUCAAAUGUAACUGGUAAACGUCAUUCAAAUGAUGUUGCAACUAUUAAACGAUCACUUAGUCAACAAUUAACAAAAUGUGUAUUAUGGGAACAAUCCAUUCAUAAAAUGUAUCAACGAGCAAAACAUGAAUCUUAUCCAAAUACAUUUGAAUGUGGUCCUGGAAGACAACUUGGUUAUCUUCUUCGACUAAAUAAUAAUAAAGCUUAUCAACAAUAUCAUCAUGUAGAUGUUUGA